AUGGUCUCAUCUGUAUUUGAUAUCCCCCACACAACCAAAGAGUUUGAUGUGCAUUCAACACAAGAUCCAUACGAAUAUUUAGAUGGCGAGAAGGAAAAGGAACAGGGACUGAACCGUAGGCAGAAUAAAAAUGAAAGUAACGGUACAAUAGACGGAAAUAACCACGUAAAAUAUUUUGCAGAAAAAAACGGUCUGUUUAAUACCGUUGAGCAAACAACAUUGAGAUACGACGUUGACGUUGUCACCAAGUUGAUAGUUUAUUCGGGUAUCGGAUACCUUGCUGUCGAUACAAUUCCAGUCUUGUUUGAAAGUACAGGACUAGGAGUAG